UCUAAGUAGGGUUUUGGGGGAUUUCAAAAUCAACAGAGAUGGUCGUUUUCUUCUUGUUUUCAUUCAUUCAGUGGUGCAUCUGGUUAGUGCGGCCGUGCUGGGAAGCCAUGGUUUUGUUUUGGUUUAGGGUUAGUUGACUUAUGGCUGGUUUGGUUUUAACUGAACUAAAAGGGGGUAUUUUGAUUCACAGUUUUUUUUUCAUAGGUUUGAGCCAUGGAUCCGCUCGACUAUCUGUGCAUCAGGUUUCAGUUCAGAGGACAAUUUGAACAUGAUGGAACAGAUCAACAGAGUGGCAGCAUGUGAAUGGAAUACAAAGGCCUUUCAACACUCGAGCACCACAAGGUUAGCCUUGAAGAGCUUAAGAAGAAACUUAACAUGUGUCUUGUUCAGAUAAGCAACUGCAGGAAACCAAUUUGCAUUGGAAGUUCAAUGGGCUGAUUAGAGAUGGCCAAAUGACUGGUGCUCUGGUGACAUGAUCAACAAUCUGUCCUGGAGAUGGCCAAACAUGUCAAGGCCUCAACGGGAUCGCUCCGGGUGCCCACCCCCAAACGUAUCCGUGGUCGACCUCGCGGUGCAGGUCUCCAAGAAGACCCUCGACGAGGAGGUGAACCAGGCGUUCCACGACGGCGCGGCCAACGAGCUCAAUGCCUUCCUCGACGCCUGCCAUGAGCCGCUCGUGUCCAUUGAUUUCAGGUGCUCCGACGUGUCCUCCACCAUCGACGCGUCGCUCAGCAUGAUCAUGGGAGACGACAUGGUAAGGUCAUCGCAUGGUACGACGAGUGGGGUCGCUCAGCAUGGUCAUGGGAGACGACAUGGUAAGGUCAUCGCAUGGUACGACGAGUGGGGUUACUCCCAGAGGGUAGUCGACCUCGCCGACACCAUCGCCAACCAAUGGAAGUGAACGCCGCAUUGCCCUGUGAAGUGACUCCUCAAAAUUUUCCCCAGCCAUCGUCACGGAUGAUCGAUUCUUUGUAAUGAGAAUUCAAAGUGUCAAGCUCCCAACAGCUUCUUCUUUCUUUUGUUUUCUUCUUUCUUCCUCUGAUUUUAUACAACAACACGUAAAUCAUUGCAAUGCAUUAUCCCAUUAUUAUUUCUACUGGUAUGCAUAAAGAUUAAGUGAGCAUGUCAACUUGUCCCAACGCAUCAAGCGCUCAAUUUUAACCUCAUGCAGCCACAAACAGUAUCUAUGAGCUUAUCCAAUUCCAAAAAAUGUCAAAAUACUCUGAAAAUUUACUAAAUAUUUUCUCCAUUAGACAAACACUUCACAUAGCUUCAAUUCAAAGGAAAGCAAGAGUACUACUGAAUUAUAGUUCAGAGGAUUUGCAAACUAGUAC